CAUAAUCAAGGCUCGGAACUUUAGGCAUUUGCAUAUUUGUUUAGAAAGUGCAUAUUGAACUUCUGGUUCGAUACAAAUUUGAUCCAUACUACGUAUAUUUCAAAUACAAAAAUUUUUGUUGCAUAAUUUUGCAUAUUUCGUCAUUUUUUGUACGAAUUAGCAUAUUUUAGGUUUUAGAACAUUUUUAUGCAUAUUUCAUAAAUUUAACGAAAACAAUUUUUUUUUUACAAAUCUAUAGUUACCUAAACAAAAAAAUAUUAGAUAUUUUACAUAAUAAAUUCAUCAAAAAAUACGUCAACGGCUAUUUUUGUAUUGCUCCCAAUGCAUUUAACAUUAAUAUCGAUAUAAUAUUUAGUACUGAGGAAUGAGAACUCAUAAUAGUGAUUGCCGGGUGCCGACCGGCCGCGGGCCGGCCCGUAUUUAUUUUUAUCCAAAUUUAUUACGGCAUUCAUAUAAUAUGUUGUACCAUGAUAUAAAUAAAUUGUAUAAUCCUAGAUAAUUUGUAAACAAUUGUAUUUAACCACUAUGUGUCUAUGUCGUUAUCAGUAUUUAUAUUUUAUACAUAAUAUUAAUUCUGUUCAUUGUAAAUACUACGGUCUACGUGCGUCGGCUUGCGAGUGACUUCACUGUACAGUGCGCAUUAGUCAGUUUUCAGUAUUCCGCCUGUCGCGUGUCGCAGUGAUCAUAUUUUUAUUUAUAAUUUUUUUAUUAAUAUUUCUGAUUUAACGAUGCCUAAAGAUAAGCAACCAUUAUCUAGGCGCCUUAAAACUUUAAUUUCCGAGUUCGGCGAAGACGUGUUCUCUAUUGAUAAUGUAGUUCUAUUUUGCAAACUUUGCGAAGUUAAAGUGGAUCCCGAAAGACGAUCUAGUAUUAUACAGCACAUCAAAACAGAAAAACAUCGUCGUUCUAUAGAACGUCAAAUAAAUCAGAAAACAAAAAACAACCAACAACUACUUACCAAUCUAACGUCGAAAAAAUCGACUUUCAGUAUGGAUUUAUGCAGAGCUUUUAUAUCAGCUAAUAUUCCGCUGAACAAAUUACAAAAUACAGAGUUUCGUAAAUUCUUACAAUUGUACACACAAAAAGAUGUACCCACUGAAUCGACAAUUAGAAAGUUCUAUCUUGAUGAUUGUUACGAGGAAAUGAUGGCAAAUAUAAGACAACGUGUGUUUUUAAAAAAAAUUUGAAUAUCGAUCGAUGAAACGACCGACGCUGAGGGGAGACAAAUUGCAAAUGCCAUCAUAGGAACUCUAGAAGAAGAUAGAGCAGGUGACAUAUUUUUAUUAAAUACCGAUGCAUUAGAAAAAACAAACCACUCAACUGUAUGCAAAUUUUUUGAUAAAUCGCUCAGUAUUUUGUGGCCUGACGGAAUCAAACACGAUGAUGUGUUAUUAUUUCUAUCGGAUGCGGCGCCCUAUAUGGUUAAGUGUGGAAAAUCACUUAAUGCAUUAUACUCAAAAAUGGUACAUGUGACGUGCGCUGCGCAUGGUCUCCACAGGACUGCUGAAGAGGUACGUGGACAAUUUGGCACGAUCGAUAAAAUUAUAUCGAAUGUCAAAAAAAUUUUUAAAAAAGCGCCAUCGCGUGUUCAGAUAUUUAAAACACAUGCUCCGAAUAUCCCCUUACCACCAGAGCCAGUAAUCACACGCUGGGGCACGUGGCUAAAUGCUAGCAUUUAUUACUGCGAAUAUUACAAACAAAUUUGUGAAAUUGUGGAAAUGUUAGACUCAGAAGACGCUUCAAGUAUAAAAAUAGCAAAAAAAAAUUUGGUAAAAACAUGUGUCAAAAGUAAUCUGGUAUACAUAAAAUCAAAUUUUAAAGUACUUUCAGAUUCAAUUUUAAAAUUACAAAAAAAAAAUAUGCCUUUAGCUGAAUCUUUGGAUAUUCUGGAAAAAGUUCAAGUUCAAUUACAAAUUGCUCAGGGUAAUGAUGGGCAAAAAGUAUAUAAGAAAUUUGAAACUGUUUUAAACAAAAACAGCGGACUCAAAAUACUAAAACAGAUAUCAAAAAUAAUUGGCGGAGAAAGUGACAACAUGGAUGCUCUACCUGAAGAUCUUACCACAAAUGAUUUAAGUUUUUACAAGUUUGCUCCAAUUACAUCAGUUGAUGUGGAGAGAUCUUUCUCUAUUUAUAAAAAUCUCUUGACCGACAAUAGAAGAUCAUUUAAACUCGAGAACAUAAGGAAACACCUCUUACUUCAGUGCAACACAGGAAAUCAAGAAGAUUAGUUUGUUGAAGGUAUACAAUAUACAUACAGGAAGACAGUAAUACAUAGCAGUGUGCAAAAAGUUUAUUUUUUUU